AGCAGGAUGGUGAUAGUGACAAGAGAGCUCUCACCUCGCCAGGAAACACAUCUUAUUUAACGAUCUUUUUUGCGUUUUGGGUGUUUUCAAAGCUACGGAGGGCGACUGUACGGAUUGACAUGACUUUAAUGUACAUUUACUGAAUUUAUAGCCAUUUCCGGAGGAUAUUGCGGGUGCCUGGACCUUAAUGGCAAGUUAGCCAGCCUUGUUUCGUUUACCAUGUGGGCGUAAACCUUCCCAGAAGAUGCCAUGCUAGCUACACAGAUGCCAGAUACGCCACCUGAGGCUAAAGAUGUCAAACAGAUCAAAGAUAAGCUGGCACAGUCGCUCAAGGCCCUUCAGAAGAGAUAUGUGACGUCAGACACAGUGGUCACCAGCGAGGACAGCGAUGCUAACCUGCUCUGCUGUGCGCUGGAGGCCAUCUUCAUCCACGGUAUCAAGAGCAAGUACGUCCGCUCUGAGGCUGGGGGCCGGAGUCGGAAGGGAGGCAGAUGUCCGCUCCCACAGCCUUUCUUCUGGAGCCUCCUCAAGACCGUCACCCAUCGUGAUGUGGUCACUGAGCUGGAGAAGAUCAGCUUCGUGGGAACAGAGGUGGGUCUCUGCCGAGCGUGGCUGCGGCUGGCCCUCAACCACGGCCUGCUGGAGUGCUACUUAGCAUCACUGUUUCGUGAGGGCUCCAAGCUGCGGGGCCACUACCAGCCCAGUGCCUUGCUCCUGAACACCGAGGAGAGGGAAGUCCUGCUCAGCUACCUCCAGGGUCUCGCCUCUCUUACGUUCAACCUAUCCUACAAGUCUGCUGUCCUCAACGAAUGGACCACCACGCCUCUGGCUCUCGCCGGACUCUGCCCCAUGUCCCAGGCGGACACGGUCGAACUGCCCCUCAACGGCGUAGACCACCCCACCGCCAAAUCUGUAAACAAAGAAUGGGAUACAGUGUCGCAGUCGUCAGGCUCUUCAGAUGCACAGGAUAUGCAGAGAGGGUGCCCAGGGAAAGGCACAGGGGUAUUACAAGGGGGCAGGAAUGCAAUGAACUCGUCAAAUUUAAGCCUGGACACCACGGGCUCCUCGCAGCUCUCCUCCAGCCUGAGCUCUGACAGCCUGCUGCAGGGGCAGGACCCCCGCAGCCCCACAGGAGAGCCCUGGUCCUCAUACGACCUGGACAUGCCCAUAAACGUCAACAUCAGCACCAAGAGGCUACAGAAGGAUUCUCCGACAGAGUUCAGGGAGAGCGGACACUGCAGUCAGGACUCCAUGCGUGAAGACUCCUUUGUCUCCAGCACGGAUCCCGACCAGAACUCGGAGACGGCCGUUUUCAGCGGCUCCGACAGCGAGACCCAGGGUCCCCCUUCUUCAUCCCAGGACCUCGUGGACCCUCUUCCAAAAUCUGAUUCAGAGCCCUCGCCAACAUCUAAUGAGAAUCAUGUUGACUACACUCUGCCUGAAGUGUGCAACAAUACCUCUGCCGAGCUCCCUUUGGACACAUACAGUGAGCCGGUGGAGUCUGUAGAAGAAGAAGAACAUGCAAACCUUUCUCAUGAGACUACAGAGCCUGAACAGGAAGAAGAAGAAACUCCAGAGCCUUCAGUGCAUCCAGGCUCAAGUCACUCCCUCAGCAUCCUGAGCAGGAAACUGUCCACAGGUUCUCUAUCACAUUCUCGUUCCUGGAUCUCUGAGGAUGACAUCUACAUGCCCCGCCUGGAGGAGGUGCCGGACCAGAGCGAGGCGCCUCCUCCAGCCCCCCCGGCUGAGCCCUCUCAGUCCCCCCCCGGCGUCGUCCAUCGCAGACAAAGAGGGCUGUUCAACCCUUUCCGGGGCUUGCUGAAGCUCGGCCAGCUGGAGCGGCGCGGUGCGAUGGGAAUGUGGCGCGAUAACUACUGUGAGCUGUCGCCCUACGAGUUCCGGCUGUAUCUCAAUGCAGAGGAGCGCACCUGCAGCGACAACUGCUCCCUGCUGCGCUGUGAGGAGGCUCGCAUCGCCUCACCUGAGGGCCGCUUCGAGGUGGCCUUCCCUGGGAAGCGGCUGUACCUCCGGGCGGCCAAUCGGGACGAAGCCGAGGACUGGGUGGACCGGAUCGUAGAAGCCGUCAAGAAAUGCCGUCCAGCAUCUCAUGCUGAAGACCAAUGGGAGGUUCUGGUACCCACCACUGAGAACGGUGUGGAUGCGUUGUCCCCAACCUCCACCCCCCCCAGCCCUGAGCGCACUUCACUAGCCUCUGACACAGGGACAGGGGGGGGGCAGGAGGCGCCUCCUCUACAGGAAUUUGACUGGACUCGGACUGCUGAUAUAGAAACAGAUGCGAUCAAAGAAACAGUUUUGUACUUCUCCAAUGAUCCCGAGGCUCGGACAUGGUCUCCUCUGGUCUUCUCCCUCUCUUUGGAGGCCUUGAAAGGUUUCCGGGUCCAAGAGGGGAGGAAGCUGCUGCGGCAGACCCACCAGAUUGAGGAAAUCCGGGACGUGGUGCCUGACGUCUCUCUGGGAGGGCCGGCCUUUUUCAAACUGCUGACCGUCAGGGACACACUGAGACUCCGAGCGGAGAACCCGGAGGAGGCUCGCUCCUGGAGGGUUCUGAUCCGCGGAGCUCUGGACUCGUACCUGGAGAGCGGGGAGGACGGAGGCUCCGUUGAGCCGGCUGUGGGGACUGGAAACCUCCACAGACUGGUGCAGCACAGACUCAAAGAAGAUGGGGCCCUGCUUGUUAAUCUGUGCACUGUGCCCUCAGAGAAGGGGCUCGACACUCAGAGCUUCAAGUGUGCAGGGUGUCCUCAGCAAAUUGGCCCGUCCCGAGGCAGAGCCCGGCUUUGUGAGUUCACACGACAGUACUUCUGUGACUCCUGUCACCAUGGCGACACCAGCAUUAUCCCUUCACGCAUGGUGCACAACUGGGACCUCGCACAAAGAGAGGUGUGUAAGAAGGCCCUGCAUCUGCUGGCUCAGGUGGAGCAGGAGCCUCUGCUGAACCUGGAUCAGCUGAACCCUGAGCUGGUGAAGCACGCAGACCCCAUGUCUGAGGCCCACGUGCUGCGGCAGAGGCUGCGCCUGCUGGGAGACUACCUGCUCACCUGCCGCAGUGGAGCCUGCAAAAAACUCCAGGCCAGAAUGGAGCAGCGGACGUACCUGCUGGAGUCGAGCCAUCUGUACAGCGUGCUGGACCUGCGACAGAUAGCAGAGGGUCAAUAUGCAAACUACCUGUUGACACUGCUGCAGUACGCCUCCAACCACGUGUUCCACUGUGACCUGUGCACGCAGCGCGGCUUCAUCUGUCAGAUCUGCCACGCCAAUGACAUCAUCUUCCCCUUCCAGUUUGACAUCACCACCAGGUGUAAAGAUUGUAAGGCGGUGUUUCACCUGGCCUGCAAAGCUGCGGGGGUUUCGUGUCCUCGCUGUCAGCGGAUGAAGAAAUACCUGGAGAGGGAUCUGCGGAUCUGCGGGUCUGAGCGCUGACGGACAGAACAAUAACUGAAAAUCUAGCUUUCACAUGAAGUAACCUCAAGUGCAAUUAUGAGGGCGUUUGGCCUGACCUAACAGUGGAGGGUGGUGUGUGAGCGACAGUGCUGAAGUAGCUAGACUCUCUUGCACUAACUUAGUCACAUCGGACCUUGUGAUGCUGACAUAACACAGCCAAAUGUUACUGACUUUAAUACCUCUCUGAAUCCAGACCACGCCAUGCCAUCAAAACCAAGGACUGGGCCUCAGUGGAGGCUGCUGCCAAGAAUCAUAUCCAACACAUUUGAACACCUUUUAUUACUUUGCCUUACAGUGUGGAGAAGAGGGCUGUACCGAAUGUCUUUCUUUUUUACAAUUGAUUUUCUUGAAGGAAGAUUCAGAUGUCUGUCACCAAAAAUAACGAAAAAAACAAAAUCAUACAUUUGAAUGAAG